GCCUCUCCAGAAGCUUCCCGUCGUCCCGUUAUAAACCGACCUCCUCCCGAACCUUCAACGUUUUAACCUGCACGAGAGGAAGGAACUUGGGCGUAGAGGAAAAGCGGGAGCGAGGGCGUGCGAUCCUCUGUGUUCUUGGCUAUCGCCACGAUGUCUUACUCAAGGAGAUCAAGAUAUGACUACCGCUCUCAUUCUCGUUCACCAUAUGGGUACAGCAGAUCUGUUUCGAGGUCCUCCUCAAGGUCGAGGAGUCGGUCAAGGAGUGGGGAAUUAAGUGAUGUAGAGAAUCCUGGGAAUAACUUGUACGUGACUGGUUUAUCUUCUCGGUUGACAAAGAAUGAUCUUGAGAAGCAUUUUGCGAGUGAAGGAAAGGUGAUCGACGUCCACCUUGUGGUUGACCCUUGGACAAGGGAGUCUCGCGGCUUUGGAUUUGUGACAAUGGACACUGUUGAGGAAGCAAAUCGCUGCAUCAAGUAUCUUGACCGGUCGGUGUUGGAAGGUCGGGUCAUUACUGUUGAAAAGGCUAGGAGGCGACGUGGGCGAACUCCAACUCCAGGCAGAUAUCUUGGUGUGAGAACAGUUCAUGUGCGACGCCGGUCUCCAAGCUACUCGCCAUACCACAGGGGUCGAUACAGGUCUCGCAGCUACUCCUCUGAGAGGGACCGGUCUUAUUCUCCUUACUACGGGCGGCGAUCCUACUCUCCACCGUACUACAGUCGGCGAUCCUACUCUCCCUACCACAGGCGGUACAGGUCCCAUUCGCGUUCUAAAUCUCCAUACGGUCGUUACGGCCGAUCACCUAUAAGGAGGCGGGGGCACCGAUCAUACUCUCGUGAUUCAAGGUCGUACUCUUCGGAGCGCUCUGUUUCGCCUCGCUAUCGCAGGCGUGCCCACCGCUAUGUGUCACGUUCACGAAGUGUUUCCCCAAGAGUAAGGAGAGGCUCAAGGAGGGGCUACUCGGGCAGUGUUUCACCGAGGAAGAGAUCGAGGAGGAGCUAUUCUCGCAGCUACUCUCCGAGGGAUCGGAGGUCGAGGAGGAGCUAUUCUCGUAGCUACUCUCCGAGGGUUCGGAGGUCGAGGAGAAGCUAUUCGCCCGGAUACUCUCCCAUUGGCCGUAAGACAAAGAGAAGUCCUUCAUGCAGCAUUUCACCCAGGAAAAGCAGGAGAUAUUCUCGAGAAAGUUAUUCCCAUAGUCGCGGCAUGAGCUACUCUAGGUCUGUUUCAAGUUCUCCUGCAAGGUCGCCUUGACCUUAAAGACAAACCAUUCUGUGCUAGAUACUUGUUGGUUAAGUCAUCUGGAUUGUGUGGACGAUGGUAGAAUGUAACAUACUGUUAUGCUUAUGUUCAUCUAGCUUUGUCUGUUCUCCCGCAGUUUUUUUGUUUAA